CGCGCCCUGUCACGUCAUCAUUGGGCGCCGGCAGGAAGAGGCGGCUGAGGCGCGGUGCGCGCGGGCCGGCUUUGCCUGAGGGAGCAUGGGGGAGACGGGCUCCGUGGAGCGGCUGGUGUCCGGGCUGCACCGGGCCCAGGUCCUGCGCUUCGGGGACUUCGUGCUCAAGAGCGGCCUCGCCUCCCCCAUCUACAUCGACCUCCGGGUCAUCGUCUCCCACCCGCCGCUCCUCAACCAGAUUGCAGAUCUCCUGUUUCAAACGGCAAAAAAUGCAAGGAUCAAGUAUGACUCGGUGUGUGGUGUUCCAUAUACAGCGUUGCCUUUGGCUACAGUUAUCUGCUCGUCCAACCAGAUCCCAAUGCUUAUACGGAGGAAGGAAGCAAAACAAUAUGGUACCAAGCGUCUGGUGGAAGGCAUCAUUAAUCCAGGAGAAACCUGUUUGAUCAUUGAGGAUGUGGUCACAAGUGGAUCUAGUAUCUUGGAAACUGUAGAGGUUCUUCAGAAAGAAGGAUUAAAAAUCACCGAUGCCAUAGUGCUCCUGGAUAGAGAGCAGGGAGGAAAACACAGGUUAGAAGAACGAGGGAUUCGCCUACAUUCUGUGUGCACCUUGUCCAUGAUGCUAGAGAUUCUCCAGCAGCAGCAAAAAGUUGACUCUGAGAUGGUUGAAAAGGUGAAGAAAUUCAUUCUGGAGAAUGUCUUCAAACCAGCAGAGCAAAAUGGUGCUGCUCCCAUCAAACAAAUGUGCAAAGAAAUGAGCUUUAGCGCUCGCGCUCAGCUACCUGGAAUCCAUCCUGUUGCAGCACGACUUCUCAAGCUCAUGGAGAAGAAACAAACUAACCUGUGCCUCUCUGCUGAUGUCACAGACUCCAAAGAACUUCUACAGCUGGCUGCCACUCUAGGCCCCAGCAUUUGUAUCUUAAAAACUCAUAUAGAUAUCCUGAAUGAUUUCACCCAAGAGGUAAUAAAGGAGUUGCGAGCACUUGCAGACCAACAUGAGUACCUGAUAUUCGAAGACCGCAAGUUUGCAGACAUUGGAAACACUGUGAAACAUCAGUAUGAGGGUGGUGUAUUCAAAAUAGCUUCCUGGGCAGAUAUAGUUAAUGCCCAUGUGGUCCCAGGCGCUGGAGUUGUGAAAGGGCUGAAAGAAGUAGGGCUUCCUUCACAGCGAGGCUGUCUUUUGAUUGCUGAGAUGAGUUCUCAAGGGUCACUUGCCACUGGUGACUACACAAAAUCUGCAGUACAAAUGGCUGAAGAGAACUCAGAUUUUGUUUUUGGAUUCAUUUCUGGUUCCAGAGUUAGUAACAAACCAGAAUUUCUUCACUUGACUCCGGGGGUCCAGAUGCAAGCUGGAGGUGAUAACCUUGGACAGAAGUACUUAAGUCCACAGGAAGUUAUUAGCAAAAGAGGCUCAGAUGUCAUUAUUGUGGGACGUGGCAUCUUGUCUGCAUCAAAUCGUUUAGAGGAAGCAGAGAUGUAUAGGAAGGCAGCAUGGGAGAGCUAUUUAAGCAGACUUGCUGUUCAUACACAAGACUAAUUUGAGCCCAGGAUUCCAGUGAACAAACUAACCCAAUGCAUUCAGAAGAAGAAGCUGGAGUAAUUUGGAGGAUGUUUCUCCCUGUUAGUUAGGUUGACGUCUACUCUGAACUCAAUUGAAUAUUUUGCUUUAGGUAAAAUCUGCCAAUGACUUAAAUUUUUAGUAACGUGUAUAAGCUAAAUGACAUUAAUUGUGACCAUUUUUUCUUUGCAUUUGAGACUGUGAAACAAAAAAUCACUGCCCAGCGUUAGUCUUACUUCUAACUGGUCCUCCAGUCUAUUACUUCGGAAAAUAAUAAAUGAAAACACUCCAAGGGAUACUUGCUAGGUUAUUACUGCCCUCUGGUAUUUCCUUUAGUUAUGGAAACAGUGCAGGUGAAGCGUUUUCAAUACCGUACAACAAAGCUGACCAUUCACUACAUUGAAUGGGACAACACAACUUGGAAGCACAAACUAGCCUGAAUCUGUUACUUAGUAUUUUUCCUCUAUGUUUAUUAUCUCAUAAAUAUAUUGGACUAAAAACUAAGGGUAUGAUAAGCUUAGGCCUCUAACUUUCAAUUACUGCCCCUUCCUGGUAUGUUUGUAACUGCUAUUUUGACUAGUAUGAAUUAUUGGUGCCAUCAUUCCGCUCCAAAUUUCCUAUGAUAAAAUUACAGCUGUAGCUAUUCGUUAACCCAGGGUGGAACUGAUUUGCAGUGGGACUUGGUGGGUCUGUUAAUGAGAGGCAAAAGGCCAAAGUCCUGAGGUUAUACCAUUGUUGAAUUUCUAGUGAGCUGGUUAUUUUUAUGAAAAAUCUUCAGUACUUUUCCAUGAUAUUUUUUCACCAUUUGAGAUUUUUAAUUUAAAGAGAGGAUGUAAAAAUAUAUCUCAUGGAUGUUGGUUAAAGAGAUGGAGUCACCUUAAAUUUGCCCCAAAAUGCACUUCAAAGUGAAACUGAAUUGGGUUUUCGUUGUUCAGAUCAAGAAAAGCAAGAGUAUAAAUAAUUGUGGAAUUCUGAGUUACUACUUUUAAUAAAAACUUUUCUUCUUUUUGCGGA